AUGCCCUACGAGGAAAGGCCAUUACUAUAUACUAUACUCGCACACAUCGAAAAUGUUUCUUCGAACCCAACAGUUGUUGUAAUAGUGUACGAAGGCCAGGACAAAAACCCCGAGAUGUGCAGAGUACUCCUCACUCACGAGGUCAUGUGCAGUCGGUGUUGCGACAAAAAGAGCUGCGGAAACAGAAACGAAACCCCUUCGGACCCCGUGAUAAUCGAUAGGUUUUUCCUCAAAUUUUUCCUCAAGUGCAAUCAAAACUGUUUGAAAAACGCCGGCAACCCCAGAGACAUGCGAAGAUUUCAGGUGGUAGUCUCAAGUCAGAUCGGGGUGGAGGGCCCGCUGCUGGCCGUGUCCGACAACAUGUUCGUCCACAACAACUCCAAGCACGGCCGACGCACCAAGCGCGCGGACGCGAGCGACGGCGAGGCGGACGCCGACUCCGGUGAGUGA